AUGGCUCGCUCGCAAAAGCCAAAAUCUGUGGCGGCAAAUCCUAGGAAACCACCAUCCGGAAAAACUCGUUCGACGGUGCAAGAAAAUGUGCCAUCUGAAAUCUUGACAACCAGUACAACUCCGAGUCGAACCCAUUGGACUGAAGAUCACACCUUGAGGCUGAUCAAGUUUCUGGCUUCAUGUAGAUCAGAAGCUGGUGAUGGAAUGAACUUCAAGAUUGGAGUCUUUCAAGCUGCAGCUGCUCAUUUCCUUGAGCCCCCUGAAGGAGUUUUGAAGGAAGGAUGGGUGCCACCUGUUGCAAGAGAUUCUUGUGCUUGCAAGAACAAGUGGGCUGCAAUACGAAAAAAAUACAAGAUCGUUCUUGAUAUCAAGGCCCAGUCUGGCUUUUCUUGGGACAACGAGUUUGGUGCUGGCAUUGACAGUACAUUGGAGGCAGUAUGGGCUGCAUAUGUCAAGGUAUGGCGCCCUGAUGCUGCACCAUUUCACAACAAGGGAUGGCCACACUUUGAUGAACUCGAUACUCUUUUG